AUGUGUAGGGAGGAUGGAGCGAUACUAGAGUGGAGGCUGGCGGAUACGCCCAUCGAGGAGUUUACUCCCACACCCGCCUUCCCCGCCCUGCAGUACCUGGAGUCGGUGGAUGAGGGGGGAGUGGCAUGGCAGGCGGGGCUCAGGACGGGAGACUUCCUCAUCGAGGUCAACCAGGAUAAUGUGGUGAAGGUGGGCCACAGGCAGGUGGUCAACAUGAUCCGCCAGGGAGGCAACCGGCUCCUGAUCAAGGUGGUGACAGUGAGCCGGAAUCUGGACCCUGAGGACACGGCACGCAAAAAAGCUCCUCCACCACCAAAGAGAGCCCCCACCACAGCCCUGUCAAUGCGCUCCAAGUCAAUGACCUCCGAACUGGAGGAACUCGUGGAUAAAGCAACUCUAAGGAAAAAGAAAGGUGAUGCGCAGAAGAAGAGGAUUGUUUUCCAAGUCACUCUAAACAAAGUGGAAGAGAUGACACACGCCCAGAAGACCUCACCUGUUGAUAUGAAGAUCGCCACAAUCAAACCACGCCCAUCCAGUCGCUGUUUGGUUACGGCAGCUGAUAUGAAUUCCAUGUAUCAUGACCGCCAGGGAGUAGCAGUGGUGCCACCCACUGUGCCAGGGGCCUUCCUGGGGAUACCUGAGAAGGGCACUAUGAAAAAGCAAAAGUCCAUAGGUACAUCGGAGGAUGAGAAACAGGGAUUCCUCACACCUCCCCUACUCAAGUUCUCCCGCAGUCUCUCCAUGCCCGACACCUCAGAGGACAUCCCUCCUCCCCCAGCCAUUUCACCCCCUUCGCCACCUGCCUACAACUCAGCUGCUGGCCCUACACCCAAGAGCUACGGCACGACACGACCCAGCUUCACCCAGAACUCUCCAAAUGCAGUGACGACCAUUAGCCGAACCACUGACGUUGGCACGUUAAGGCGUGGCUAUUUCCGGCAGAGCUCAGAGCACUUUGAGAGCACGCGCACUCGAGGGCGUACACCAGUGCCAGAGAACCCUUACUCCGAGGUGGGCAAUAAGACACUGUAUGUGCCAGCGAAACCAGCUCGAAGGAAGGGCAUGCUAGUAAAGCAGUCCAAUGUUGAGGAUAGUCCAGAGAAGACUUGUCACAUGCCAGCAAGCCCCUCGGGCCCAGUUUCCAUGCCUACUACGCCUGUAGAACGAACGUGCUCCUCCAUACCCAUCCCCACCAUAAUCGUUAAGGAGCCCUCCACCAGCAGCAGUGGCAAGAGCAGCCAGGGUAGCAGUAUGGAGAUCGAGCCCACCACCCCUGAACACCCACCUCUCACACCCACUGUUGGUGGAAGUGGAGGUUUGCGUCCUGAAGACCCUAUGUCUCUAAGCAACCCCUUUGCGGCAGCUAUUGCCGGGGCAGUACGGGACCGGGAGAAGAGGCUAGAGGCAAAAAAACACUCAAUUGCCUUCCAGUCAAUAGACAUGGGGGAUGAUGACUUCAGUAGUCCCACGCCAACCCCUCGUCUUCGCCAGUCAAAGUCCAUUGAUGAAGGCAUGUUCAGCAGCGACGAGCGGCUUCGAAGGAUAUUGGCUCCCCCUCCUGCGGCACAGCUUGGGCCCCCUGUUGGGGGUGGUAGUGGCAACAUGACAGAUUUCAACACUCCUGAGCCCACAGUGGUGCGGGAGCCUCUAAACACCAGAACAGGCCAGUGUCCCAACCUGGACAGUCCUGUUAGUCUCCCAUCCACUCCUCCUAAGAGCCACUACAGGGCCAAUGGGACCUACCUCCAUCCUGUCACCGGAAAGCCCUUGGACCCUAAUUCUCCACUAGCUCUGGCCCUGGCAGCUCGUGACCGGGCCAUGAAAGAGCAACAAAACCAUCCUCAGAAUCAGUCACAAAAUCCUCCUCAGGUUCAGCAAACCCCCAAGCAUGAAGCCCAGUCCCUCCCAAUUCAGCCAAGCCACAAACCAGACCUCAACCAACCGCUGUUUAUUGACACCAAACUACGCUCUGGGAUCGAGACAAGUUUUGCUGCGAUCUCCACCGCGACCAUGGGGAGGCCUGGUCGAGGGGGCCUGCGGAGGCAGAUGACGGAGCAGAAGUAUGAGUCCGAUGGAGCACGAGAAGAGCGGAAGCAUCAGGCAGUUGAGGAGAGGAAAAGCGCACCUGCGGAUGUGGCUGACACCAAGUUAGCCGGGCUGUUGAUGGUCCACACCAGCACAGACGCAAGCAACAAGGUGAACAACCAAGAGGAGGGGCAGGACAGCAACAGGCCGUCUGAGCUGAAAGACCCCAACCAACCCGAUCCUCUAAAAGCUCCAACACUGUCCGCCAAUCCACAGCCACCCUCGUCACGGAGGAGGAGUAUUCCUUUAGGCGAGUCCAUGGAUGAACCAGUAAAGCUGCCCUUCCGCAUCCCCCCUCCCCCUCUAGCCUCAGUUGACAUUGACGAGGAUUUUGACUUCACAGAGCCCCUCCCCCCACCUCUGGAGUUUGCCAACAGUAUUGACAUUCCUGAUGACCAGGCUAGUGCCAUUGCAGAGAUGCUUCAGCAACAGAGACGAAAUGGGGGACCUUCUCUACCCCCAUACCACGCUCACGCCCCACCACCUGUCACUGAUCAACACAAACGAGUGUCAAACAGCAUGCCCCCCUCAUAUCCUCCUCCUCCACCUGACCCAGAGUCAGGGGUGGGUGACUCGGGUAUCGAAGAAGUUGAUAGCCGCAGUAGCGGGGAUCCUCAGCACAUGGAGACCACCAGCACCGUUUCCAGCAUCUCCACCCUGUCGUCAGAGGGAGGCUUCUGCGACAGCACUCUGGAGAGCCUCUAUGCCACCGCAGACGGGCAUGCCUUCCUGGUGGAUCGGCCCCCUGUGCCACCCAAACCCAAGGGCAAGUCCGUCAUCAACAGAACAUCACUUUAUCAUGAUGCUCUCAUUGAAGAGCCCCCGGAGUCCUAUGGGUCACCGCCUCAGGCACCUCCCCCUCCCCCUUCCUCUGAACCUCCUAGGACUCCUACUCAAAGGACAUCCAAGCUGUGGGGUGAUCAGCCCCCUGAGCUGCGCAGCCCCCCAUCCACACCAGACACCAAGAACACCGUUAUCACAGAGCUGAGCUCCAUUCUGCAGCAAAUGAAUCGCGACAGGCCAGCCAAGCCAGGAGAAAGCCUCGACUCCCCCACGGGGACCAGGGGGGCCUUUGGAACAAGCUCUCGCCUCUCCAUCUUCAUCUCCAUUUUCUCCAGUUUCCUGUAG